AUGAAUUUAACAAAUGAUUCUGGUGAAAAUGAUAAUGAAAAAAAUUCUUCAAGUGAUGAAGAUGAAGAUAAUGAAAACACAUAUAUCACUAAUACACCAUCUAUAUUAGUAGAAAAAUUUUUUACUUCCAAUAAAAAUAAUGAAGAAUUAGAUAAUAGUGAUGGUGAUGGUGAUAAUGAUGAUGAUGAUGGAAGUGAUAUUGAAAAUCAUUAUACACCUGAUAAUAUUUUACCAAGACAAAAUCAUUUAUGUACAAUAUUACGACAAUCAAAUCGCUUAACUGAAUUAAAAUUAAAUUUACUUCAUAGUCAUUCGUCAUUAAGACAUUCUAUAUCUGAUAGCGACAUGUCGAAACAAAAUGAUCAACAUCGAAAUAAUAGAUUUAUUUCGUCAAUUCGAUUACGUCGUCUUUAUUUACCAUCAUCUUUUAUCUAUGAAUUACAAACACAAAUAACAAAUUGGUUACAAGCAAGUACAUGUUUAAUUGAUUCAAUAUCAACAUCAAUAUAUCAUCGACGAUGUUGGUCACAAUUAUUAUUAACAUAUUUUAUUGAACAACGUUUUGUUAAUUUACAAUUUCUUCUUUGUACACAUUCAUUAUCAUUAACAACAAGUGAUCAAGAUUUAUAUUCAAUACAUCAACAUGCAUGUAUACCAGAAGAAGAUGCAUAUAAAUUAUGUUCAAUUUUACAAAAAGGUUCACGUUUUAAUAUUAAUUCAAAUAUUUUUGAUCAUAUACGUCGUAUUAUUGUUAUUAAAAUGUUUAAUGAUAAUACAAAUAUACAACAACUUUAUGUUAAACAAUUAACAAGUCUGAAACAAUCAUUAAUUCAUCAACAAUCAUCUGUAAUGAGUAUUAAUAAUAAUAUAACAAUAAGUGUCGCAUCAAUUUAUUCAAAACUUCUACUUUUUCUUUCGAGUCUUUAUUCGAUUAGAGCUGAAACGAUGCAAAUACUUUUUUGUCAACAUCUUCUACACAAUCCGAUGUAUUCCUAUCUUGUUAAUUCAUAA